CCCUUUAAAUGCUGUGUACGUGCAAAGAUGGCAGCUGAAGUGGAGCUGGUGCGAGAGAAAGUGGGAGACGAGCAGGUGAGGGACAGUCUGCAGAGGUUCAUCAAGGAGAGGAAGAGGAGGAAGAGGAAGAGGGAGCUGUCAGCGGCCGGGCUGGAGAGGAGCGAGGAAGAGGCGAAGAGAGUGAAGCUCCACCAUCAUCAUCAUCACCACCAUCAUCAUCACCACCACCAGCUGCAGCUGCAACAAGCUGAGCACCAGAGCCUGCAGCCGCAUCAGCUGGAGAAGCAUGUCCUGCACCACCACCACCACCAGCAGCAGCACCAGCAGCAGAGCCUCGCCGGCGGGGCGAAGAGGAGCCUGCAGCCGGCUCUGCCUCCUCCUGCUCCCCGCCCACCUCCUCCGGUGCAGCUGCAGAAGAAGCGAGCCCCGGAGCCUCCUGCGCUCUUUACGUUCGCGCCUCUCAAAGUGGUGAAGGCCAGAGAGGAUCCGAGGGAGAAGCACCGGGACGCGGAGCUCCGGCUGCGGCUGAAGAAGGAGAACACCGAGGCCAACGUGAAGCACGAGCUGAGGAGCAAGAAGGAGCCGAGGCCUCACAACGAGAACAUCGAGUCCCUGACGCUGGAGGAGUAUCUCCUGAAGAAGAGGAGGAAGAAGAAGAAGCAUGAGGAAGAGCACCGAGCCAAGAAGGUCCGGCACACGCACAACAAAGCAGUUCAGACCGUGGGAGCCGAUCUCAGCCUGACCAUCCGCCCUGAGACAUCUCGGCCCGGCGCGGUGAAGAGCCAUCGCCAGCCGAGCAGAGACACCAUCGCCAACCACCAGUCCUACCUCCAUGCUCUCAAACUGGGUCACGUCCCCUUCCUGUCCCACCAGGACCACCACAUCCGCAGCUCCUCCCUCCAGACGGGGACCUGGUACGGACGCCUCAUGCACGAGGAACGCCAAGCCAACGGGGGGGGAUCCGUGCUGCACGCCUAUUCUGACGAGCUGGCCUGUCUCAGCCCGGCUGAGAUGGAGAGCUUCGCCCAGGAGUUCCUGGAGUUGGCCUUCGCCGAGAAGCCCAGAGGAGCGGCCUGCUACGCCCUGGCGGUGGUGCACAGGGCGGCCGCCUACCUGCCGGACUUCCUGGACUACUUCGCCUUCAACUUCCCCAACACGCACGUCAAGAUGGAGAUACUGGGCAAGAAGGACAUUGAGACCACGACCAUCGCCAACUUUCACUCUCAGGUGAACCGGACUUACUGCUCAGGAACCUAUCGGGCUGGACCCAUGAGGCAGAUCAGUUUGGUCGGAGCUGUGGACGAGGAAGUUGGAGACUUUUUCCCGGAGUUCCUCGACAUGCUGGAGGAAUCUCCUUUUCUCAAGAUGACCCUGCCCUGGGGAAGCCUCUCCAGCCUGAAGCUGGACUGCCGCUCUCAGAGUGACGACGGGCCGAUCAUGUGGGUGCGACCGGGGGAACAAAUGGUUCCCACCGCCGACAUGCCCAAGUCUCCUUUCAAACGACGCAGGUCUAUGAAUGAGAUAAAGAAUCUUCACUACCUGCCGAGGGCCAGCGAACCCAGAGAGGCUCUGUUCGAGGACCGGACCAAGGCGCACGCCGACCACGUGGGUCAGAGCUUCGACUGGCAGAGCACGGCCGCUGUCGGCGUGCUGAAGGCCGUGCACUUUGGAGAAUGGAACAACCGGCCGCGGAUCACCAAAGACGCGGUGUGUUUCCAGGCGGGAGACUUCAAUGAGGUCGUCCAGAGGCUGCAGCUCGAUCUGUACGAGCCCCCAGUGUCGCAGUGUGUCCAGUGGGUGGACGACGCCAAGCUCAACCAGUUGAGGAGGGAAGGCAUCCGCUACGUCCGCGUCCAGCUCUGUGACGACGACGUUUACUUCAUCCCACGGAACGUCAUCCACCAGUUCAAGACGGUGUCCGCGGUGUGCAGCCUGGCCUGGCACAUCCGGCUCAGACAGUACCACCCGGAGGACAAGGACAAGGAGGAGGAGCAGCAGCAGUGCAGCGAUAUCAGCCCCACCACAGGCCGGGUGUCUUUUUCCUCCCCCGCCAGGCCGGACGCCACCCUCACCGCCUGCGCCAGACGGCAGAGUGAGCACACCCGAGGCGGAGUGGCCAAGGCCGAAGAACCGGAGUUCCAGAGGCCGGCGACACCCCCCCGGGAGCCUCAGCCGGCCCCGCCACAACCCACCAAGUCCGCUCGCUCGCCCCCAACUUACCAGGAUCUCCACUUCUCCCUGGCACCAGUCCACCCUGGCUGCACGCCGUCAAAAGUGCCGACACUUCCAAAAGCGUUUGGCCACAGCACGCGGUUCCACGAAUGAUCCUUCUCCUCCGAUGAAAACCCUCUCUCCGCUGUGGGGCGAGCAAAUGUUAAAGAAGUUUAAGACUGAAACUGAAAACUGAACGUCAAUCAGGAAGCAUUUUGGUUUAGUCUUCACAUAUUUUUAAAAGAUCUUUAAAUUUGGGUUUAAAUGUCCCCGAUGGGUUUUGGCGAUUUUAAUAAAAUACAACAACUUUGAAAAUGAAGGCGGAAGUUGAACUAACUUUACCCAAAAGAAACUUUACCGUUGCAACGUGAAUCAAAUCCAUACACAUGUUGCAAUGUGUGGAUUUCAUUUUAUUUUGAAAUACUUCUCUUGGAAAUGGAGAAAGAGACGUUUUCUUCACACUUUAUUUUGAAACAAAGCGACACACAAUGAUCUAAUCACACUUCAAGCACUUCACCUUCUUUUUUCACGUCCUCUUUAUAAGUUGCACGUACUGCUCGUGAUUCUUUAUUUAGAUUUUAUAUUGUUCCCUUUUUUCCUA